UUGUGAGGGUGUCGAGAGGGUGCAUUUAGGCUACUGGGAGGGUGGAAAUCCGGGCUACCUUCUUGCUUUGAAACAUGUCAAAGGACACGUUUGUGUUCACCUCUUCCACUCUGCGCUCUCUCCGUUUGCAACGGGAAAUGCUGGAAUGGGAAGACCGGCGGAGAGCAGCGUCUCGGCAGUACGCGAGUCGGAGGUACCAGCUGGCUUCUCGGAGCCCCCUUUCCCUUCCCAGGCCCUCCCGCCGCAUCCAGUAUUGUCGAGACCCUGCCGUUCACAACGCCCUCUACACAGGAGAUGUGCCAAGAGUCCAAAGUAUCUUUAAGGACGAAACAACAGCUGACGUGAUCGUGGAGACGAUCAGCGAGGAGCUGGUGUGGUCCGCAGAGAUGGGGCUGUGGGUGUUGACCCCCCAGAAGAAGCAUACCUCUCCACUGAGUAUUACAGCUGCUAGAGGCUACCGGGACUGUGUGAAGCAUCUGCUGCUCCAAGGGGCUCAGGUGGAUGCCAUGGUUGGUGGGCGAGCCGCUCUCCAUGAGAGCUGUGCCAGCCACCGGGCAGAGUGCACCCGCCUGCUCCUCGGAUAUGGUGCCAAUCCGAACAUUUUUUCAGAGGAAGGCUUGGCUCCGCUGCACUUGUGCACCACCCAGGAGACUUUGCCGUGUGCCCAGCUGCUCCUGGAGUAUGGGGCCCUGGUGAACCAGCACACAAGAGACCACCGUGCUUCCCCGUUGCAUGUGGCUGCGAAGCACGGCCUAGACGACCACGUGAAGCUCUACCUCUGCUACGGGGCUAACGUUGCUCACCGCAACCGAGAAGGGGAGACUGCCCUCAAUGCCGCCUGCGCCAGCGCAGACAGACCUGAGGAUGCUGGCCGCUACUACCAGGUAGCGAAGCGGUUGUUGGACGCUGGGGCCGACGUCCGGAUUGCCGGGCGGAAGAACCACACGCCGCUGCACAAUGCUUGCAGCAACUGCCACCUUCGCCUUGUGGAGCUGUUGCUGCAGCAUGGGGCAGAAGUUAACGUGAGCAACUGUGCCGGAUACACACCUAUGGAUUGUGCCCUCCAAGCAGUGGAAGAUUACCUGGAGGGGGAGCCAGAGAGAGUCGCAGUGGCUUUGCUUGACCACGGGGCAGCUCCUGUCAACCCCAAGAUGCUGAAGUUCUGUGCUUCGUCGCCUCGGGUUAUGGAAGUCGUUUUGAAUUCUUAUGACCGAGUCCUUUCCUGUGAUUCCUGGGUGGGGUCUGUGCCCCCUGAAGUAUGGCGGAAACACCAACGGUUCUACGAUUCAGUCCUCCGGCUGGUGAACCAGCCUCGCCCACUACAACAUCUGACCCGCUGUGCAGUCCGGAAGCAGUUGGGGACACGAUGCCACCUGGGUGUUGCCGAGUUGAAGCUGCCUUCUUCCCUGAAAGACUACCUGCGUCUUCCACUGGAGGGCUGCCUCAAGUGAGAUGGGGGACAGGAAGGGGACUGCUAGAAUUGGAGCCUGGAUAAAGGAAGGGGUGGAAGGAGAAGCGCUUUCAGAAUGGCACUGGGAAAUACUUCUUUAGAAAGCUGCUUGGACAGGGCUUGCCUCCCUAUCGGAAGCUACGUGUACUUUGCACUUCGAGUUAUUUUGUCUCCCGCUUUCAAAACUUUAGAAGCCUUUAUCGUGUUCUCUUAUGGGAUGCUACAACACCAACACAGAAAUGGAGUCGCACUGAUAGAGAAAUGAGAUCCCGUGUGAAUUACGCUAUAGCUUUAUGUAGAAGGCUUUGCCCUCCCGCAGAUGUAUCCCACCUGCCUAGCAUGGCAAACAGAGAAACAACAGCUCAUGGGGAACAGUAUGUGCUUUGCAGAAGAUGCUGACUUGAAUCUCAGCUGGGCUCGGUAGGAUUCAUAACGGACAGAGCGAAGGGCUUUAGAGCAUCUGGACUAGCAGGAACAUAAUAAAAGGUAGAACAGAGCUUGAGUCCUGUGGCACCGUUAAGACCA